AAAACAUACAGCUUGGACAUUCCCAGCCUGGGAAACACAGCAGAGAGUGUGGAAGGGGAAGAGAGGAGGACCACAUUUAACACACUGAACUCUCAGAAAGGGGAGAAUUUGAAGGGGAUCACAUUAAAGAGGUCAUGGAGACUGAGUGAGGGGAGAAAGUUUUACAGAGAAUGCAGAGAGGAAACGAAUCCAGGAAAGGAGUUGAGGACUAUGUAGGAAUUCCUGACUGAAGUCAUGGGUUCCGAGGCCAUGGAGGACUGUGUGCAGGGGGCGCUCUCAUCCCUCUAUCCUCCUUUUGAGAGCACGGCACCUCCCCUCCUUUCCCAGGUCUUCUCAGUCCUGGAGUCGACCUAUCAGCACGACAGUCUUCGCUACCUCCUGGACUACUUUGUACCUGCCAAGCACCUCCUGCACAAACUCCAGCAGCAUGCCUGUUCUCAGUACCUGGGUUGCUUGUUCCUUCACUCUGGCUGGCCUCUUUGCCUGGGCGAGAAAGUGGUUGUCCAACUCUCCACACUGGACUGGAGGCUUCUACGCAGUAAUGACUUCUACCUGCAAGUGGUGCCUUUCUCCACUCGGUGCCCCAGACUGGCGCUGAAAUGUCUGGCCCCUGGAGGACGCACUGUUCAGGAGAUCUUGGUGCCUGAGUCACAGCAUCCACUUGUGUUCACCUCUGAGUGGCUGCACAGUGUCAACAAAGAACGUGGACACAAGAGAGAAGUUGGAGGAGGACUUGACACAUGUCUGGUCAGUACAUGUGAUGGUGUGGCUAGACUUCCAUGGAAAGAGGUUGUUUAUCCAAAAUUCAUUCACGACCCUUCUGAAGAGCUAGGCCUGAUGCCCAACCAUGAAGACCUCAUAUCCAAUCGCCUGCCCAGUGAGGGGGGCAGCAGCCUUGGGGGUUGGGGUGGCUCAUCCUCUGGGGAACUGGAUUCCUGGUCCUGGGAUGAGGAAGAUGAUGAUGAUUUGCCACCAGAUGGCUUAGACUCUGACCCUGCACUGCCUCGACGGAGGCGCAGUGAAGAUGGUCUUGGGCGCACAGCUAGGCAUACUCAUCUUGACGGGGAUUAUGUGGAGCUUUUGGAACCCAGAGGGGGUCCUGAUGGAGGGGUUGACCCAAGGCAGAGGUACCUAGAGAUGCAUGGGAUCUGUAAAACCAAGACUUUACCUCUGUGCAGGAGAGGGAAGGCCAUCAAGCUUCGCAAGGGUAAAGCUUGGGGAUAUGGGAAAAUGGAAAGGUCAGGAAGCUUUCGGGCUUUUCUUGGCACCAAGGGAGAUGUGGUGACCCCCAAGGGUGAAGUGGUAUCACCAAGGCCUCUGCCAGGAGCUGCUGAGCCUGACAGAGGGAGGCGGUCUUACUCCUCCUCAGUCCACGACUCUGAUGAAGGAGAUAAAAUAAGCAGAGACUCUGAGGGCCUUGAAAGCCACCGGCUUUAUUUUGAUGGGCCAUUCAAGGAGAGGAGGCCCGGUGUGGGCAGGGAGAGAGAUAGCAAUGGCCUCACCCUCCCAUGCAGAGACAACCACAAAAGUAAAGACUCUAAGAGCAGUAACAGUUCAGUUACGAAUGAAAUCCAUGACCAAGCAAACCACGACACUGGGCAUGUUGUAGAAGGCCACUCAGAUCAUGGAUCUCAUUCAGACUCGGUUUUUGAGGAUACUGAUAAACCACUGAGCGGAGACAGUGAUGCUACCACCCCAACAUCAGAUGCACCAGAGAGACCAUUCCAUGGAAUUUCCGAAAGUGGGGAAAUUACAAAUAGUGGCUCUAAGCUGAAGAGUGUGUCUAACCCAAAGGUCGCAGAUGUACAAGAUGAAGGAAAGGUGGGAGACAGGGUGUGUCCCAGAGGAAAAGAAGUUAAGACAGCAGGAUUCAGAGCACCAAGGAGAAAAAGGAAGGGAAAGGGGGCCAAAGGGAGGGCUAGGUCUGCUGGCCGUUCAAACCAGAAGGGCUCCAAAAUGCAUGGGAAAUCUCCACAGCCAAGCCCCACCACUCGCUCCGCUCCCACAGAGCUGCCAAUCACUGAGGAGAACCAGUCAGAGCAAACUCAACAGGCAGAUGAACCCGAUGGAGGGUCCACUGCCACAAAUAAGGGGACAGAGAACACAAAGAAAAGCAGUACAGAGACAGAAGCUGAAACUUUACCUGUGUGCAAUGGCGAGUCAGACACAUCCCUCUUUAACCACUCUAAUGAGGAGGCUGGGUCUGCAGAGACAUGUCCAAGCAACGAACAAAAUGGUCUUACAACGAAACCGCCUGUCCUGCUGAGAGAACUGGAUGCAGACCUUCUUCAGUCAGGGAAACUCAAGUUGACAGGUACAGUGGACAGGUUGGGCCGUGCGCUGGUUUUCUCAGAGACAGAUUCAUCAGAGGAGGGUUUCUGUGCGGAAGACAUGGCCCACAUCCUUGCCUGCUACCACAGAAUCACUCGGCCUGCUGCCAAAGAAAAAGGUCUCACGGUAUUAAUGGACAGCAGACGUUCUCCCCUCUCCGCUCUCUGCAUCUCUGCACUUAAACUGUUCCAGGUGUUAGCUCCUGGCGGCCUUGGAUCUGUUCUGGUUUUGGUGGAAGAGCAGCAGGAGUCCCUUCCUCAGACUUUGGAGGGAGCAGAGGUCCAUGUUGUGCGAGGUACAGGGGUCCUUCAGCAGUAUAUAGACAAGCAGCAGCUACCCAAAGAGAUCGAUGGAGACUUUACCCACUGUCACUCAGACUGGCUGACCUUCAGGCUGAGUCUUGAGAGUCUGACUGAGCGCUGUGAGAGUGCCCUCUCGCUGUUAGGAGAGGCACUGCAGUCAAUGGAAACAGAGCCCUUGCCAGACACCAUCAAGGCAGUUCCUCAGGGCAUCGACAAACACAGGCAGCUCAUGACAAGUGUCCUGGCCGACCAGCGCUUGACUGAGCUCCAGCAGAGAGGUGGAGCCUGGUUGGCAGGCUUGACAAACAGCCCAUCUGGUUUGGCACAGAAAUCACCAGACUGCAGGGCUGCUCUCGCUGCAACCUCGAAACUCUACGACAGCGUGGAUGACGCUCUCCAUCGACUGGUCCGAGAGUCCAACCAGAGAGGUCGGGACCUGGAAGCUUUGGGACGACUAGCGGUGCUGGCGGACAAACUGGAAAAGUGUGAUAAGGAGAUUGAGCAAGUGCAGUCACAGCUGGAUGACUACAAGGACCCUCCUCUGUCCCUCAGCAGGCUGUCGCUCAAGCAGCAGAGGUUUAAGACGUUCCGAGAAACAGCAAAUGAGCUGCACAGUGAGACUCUGUCAGUGCUCAGUGAUUUGGAGGGCUGGUGCGAGCUGGACUGGGCAGGCCUGAGCGACGUCCAGAUCCGUCUUCCUCCGGUCAGGGAGAAGUUGAGAGACAUGUCCCACUGUCUGUCGGACUGCUGGACCACCCUGGACAACACACAGAGGCUGCUGUCCACACUGACUGAGGCAACGCAGUGGUGCGAUGCAGUCUCCUCCACUUCCCCCUCCUCUACACCUACCUCCACAUGCCCCCUUGCAUCGCUUCCUCCGAUCCCCCCAUCCCGCUUCCAGGACGCACGUUCCUUAGCAAUGGAGCUCGGCGGUGGGGCGCUCCUGGAUCUUUGGACUCAGACAGUAGAGCGCUACCAGCGCACUGUAGCACAGGUCAAGCCUCGCUUCCUCCAGUCUGACAGGACUCAAAACCAGGGCCAAGGGAAGCCCAAAACACCUUCAGCCAGCAGCCUGUGGGACCUGAUGGGCCCAGAGGGAGAGGGCGACUGGGGGCUGGGAGCUGGAGGAGGAGAAGGAGGACUGCAGUCCUGGGGAUCCCUAGCAUCGCUGUUCAGACCUCAGACCUGCUCCACGCUGAAGAUAGGAGAGGAGAAAGGGAAUAAGAAGGAGGGUGCUGGAGGAAGUGGAGCAGGAGGAGCCGGGGGAGGGAAGUUUCUGCAGAACCUUCUGAAUCCUGCAAAGAAGAGUCCGACGGAGGCCCCACUCCCUACUAAGCCACCCAGGAAGCGCCACCCAAGUUUUGACCUCCAGGCACUGCUGGCACCCCGCAGAGGCACGGCCACCCCCAAACCUGCCGAGUCCCCGGUCAGCGGGCCGAGCCGUACCUCCCCCAUGUCCUGGCUGGGCCGACGGGCGCUGGCUGACCCGGUUAUCGCCACUAGCAUGGCUACAGCUAUCCCUGGAUGGGGAGGAGGAGGAGGAGGAGGAGGAGGAGCAGGAGCAGGAGGAGGAGGAGGAAGUGGUGGUGGUGGAGGCGUGCUGAUCAGAGGAGUGGAGGUCAGCAGCAAGGAGGUGGUGGACCACACAGGGUCGCCGCGGCAACAUGUCCUGCUGGGGAGGACCGAGAGGGAGACGGGGACGGACAGGGCUGGUUCAACUGCUCAGAGCAAGCUGUACUUGCUCUGGUGUAGGAUGCUGAGCUCGGAGAGGCAGUACGUGACCGUCCUGAAGGGGGUGGAGGAGACGUACCUCCCACUACUGGAGCUCUCGGACACCCCGGCCUCCAUCAGGGGGAAGGCAGAGUCCCUCUUCCCCAACUGGGCAAGCCUGUGCACCUUUCACUCGCAGAACCUGCUCCCGGCCAUGGAGGGCGCUCUUCUGCAGAGCUUGUUGCAACAGGACUGCUUCAGCAAAUACCGGGAGCAGUUUCUGCAAUAUUCCCACUACAUCAGGACCAAACCAGACCUGGACUCUCCGCUGGUCUCACAGGCCUCUGACUUCUUCAAGUCCAAACUCCCCCUCGCCUCCCCCCUCUCCCCUAUGUCCUUCCCCCACUGCCUUCAAGCCCCCAUCCUCAGACUGGAGCAGUACUGCGAGGCCCUGGAGGAGCUCGGGGGGAUAAAUCCCGCGUCCGACUCCGCCCUCUCCAUCCUGAGACACGCCCAGCGGCACGGCGAGGACCUCAGGGCCAGUGACCUCAUCGUCGGAUGUCCGAUCCCGGUGGCUGAGCGCGGUGAGCUGGUGCGGCAGGGUGAGCUGACGGUGUAUGGGGGAGCUCGCAGGAAGAGGGGAGGCAUCAGGAGCGUUUUCCUCUACCAGUACGUCGUCAUCUUCACCAAACAGAAGAGCCCCAGCCCGGGACGCACUGCCUACAACUACAAGCACAGCAUCAAGACAGGUGAAAUGGGCCUGACUCAGAACGUUGGCGAGGAUGGAAUGAAAUUUGAAAUUUGGGUCCGACAAGCUCCACGAACCAGAGACUGCAUCACUCUGCAAGCACAGGACAGGGAAGGCAGGGAGGCCUGGACUCAUGACAUUGCCCACCUGCUGUGGACACACGCCAUCAACAACACAGAGUUGUGUUUGAAGGAAUCCCUCUGUAUGGGAAUUUCCAGUAAACUUCUGCUGGAUGCAUCAGGAACUCAAGGCUCAGAGCUCGACUCCAUCUACAGUCUCAAUGACAGAGUCCACAGUAGCUGCUCAGACUCCUCCUCUGUCGGUAGUCAGAAGGAGGGGGGAUCCCCGGCGUCAGGGAGGGACCCCAGGAGAAGCUCUGGAUCAACAAGCUACUCACAGAGCCAGUCUCCCUCUACAGCAGUGUGACUGCCAUCUCAAUUAGACAGAAACUGGACACGGGACUUUACGAAGCUUCAGACAUCUCUAUUCCACCUCCGGGUGAGCCGAACUGGACUUCAAGGGGCAAGACGACAAAAGAGAGGCCCACCAACUCUAUGUGAACCUCUCCCACAUGCUUGCUCUCCUUCCCCUUUCCCCCUAGUCCCUUUCACCUUCUUAAAAUAAAUAAAAUGCCAUCAGAUUAGGCGGAGCAGAGCCAGAACUGCUUACCCUCGCUUUAAAACCCCCCCAGCUCUGAUAUGACCCCCUCAAAGCAAAAGCUGCAUCCAAAAAGGAUCAAAAACUGCCCUGUUCUAAACCAUGACAAGCACCAGCAGGGCUCUCUGCGCUCCGCCAUUUUGGAUCUGCCAGUCUCAGUUGCUGGCAGAGUCAUUGACACCAAAGGCACUUCAGCCACACAGUGCGGCCAUUGUCUGCCCCACGGCUCCCCACUAGGCCAAACCACUUGGUCUGAACCACUGACUGCCUGGCUGGCUGACUGUACACAUCACAUGCUCCAGCAUCUGAUAAUAAACAGGAAGUAAUAUGCGGGGCUUAAAUCCACCGUAGGAUUGCAGAAUUAGAAUGUAUUAUGUACUUUGUCAUUUUCAUAACGCUGAAUGGAGUACUGUAGGCUUUUUUUUUCCUCCUUUCCGAUGCCUGUGUAAAAAUGCGUGGCAUAGGCAAGGUGUGAUUGCAUCUAUGUAAAUUAGGGUGGUGUGAGCAUGCACACACACACACACACAUUCACACACGAACACAAUGUCCCUCAACACAUGCAGUCACUCGUAUUGUUACAAGACAGUGGAGCACUGUUCGCAUUCACAUGCUCACACACUCACCGCGGCCGGUUUAGAGGCUGGUACAGUGGCUAAAUGAACGACAGGCAAGGUUACAUCUGAACACGUACAGUAAGCAUUGCCUUGAUGAAGAACGGGAAUGCAUCACGACAUCAUAACUGACUGCUAUACAUUCUGUCGACGUGUUUCUUUAAGCUAAUGGUAUUGGUUUUAUUUACAGUGGCAAUGAUUUAAUGGCAAAUAUGUAUUUAGUCUUUUAGAAAGUGUAACUUAUAUCAACCUUGGUGCCUUAAAAAUGUUUUCCAGCGUACUGACAAUGAGUUUCUUUUAUGAGUUAAUUUUAUGCUAUAUCUUUUAUUAUUAGAUGCCAUAUUCUAUAUGCCAAAGGUAUACAAUGGGUGUCUGUGCAAUGAUUAUUUGUGUACAAAGAGAUAUUGUUGCAGUUAGUCUUCCUGAUUAGGAUCUCCAUAAAAUGGAAAAAGGUGCAUCUGUUCAUUGUGCUACAUUGUGAGUUUACCGGUUUUGUUCUUGUGGCCAGAAGACAUGGACUGCAUCUGAUUACUAUGAUUUUUUUUAAAUAAGUAAUUUAAUCCAAUCUUCUCUCAGCUUCUUCCUUAAAGGAAGAGGUUUUUCUAGAAUGACCCCAAAUUAAUCUUCAGCUUUAGAGCUUGAACGUUGUUUGACAUUGGAUUCUUAAACUUUAAUGCAAUAAUGUCUGUACGGUGAAUAUCAAGUCAGAGACUGGAGCCAAUUAGCUUAGCUUAGCAUUAAGACUGGAAAUGGGCCAGAUAAAGAGCCAUUUAUUUCUAGUACAUAUAAAGCUAGUCAAUUAUCCGUUUAAUCCAAUCAAACAUUUCACAGAUUCAUUGCUAACAUUGUCUUUAUCUGCUGUUAGCUCAAUCAUGGCUGAGACAAGACAUUUCAUUCCAUUGAGGUUGAUUGUUACCAUCUUUGCUGGUGAUAAAAUUUGGGUGUUUUCAUACCUGUGCAAUACAACUACAGUCAGAGGAGUUAGCUUAGCAUAGAAUAAACACUGGAAUCAAAAACUAGAUGGUUUACAAAGACGACUACCAUUAACACUUUACACACUUCGGACUCACCAAACAAACAGACAUUACUGGUACAUUGUUAGCAUGAAUUAUUUAACUCUAGACGGACUGUUGGGCACUGCUUCCAGUUUUUGUGCUAAUGUAAGCUAACCAGCUAGCUGCAGCUUAUUUUGUCUUUAAAUGGGGUCAUUUUUACCGUGUCCACGAGAAAGUCAUGAUGAACGUUGUCCUCCUGUGGUAUUCAAACCUAAUUAACAUGUAAUUUCACAUAGAAAUUGUCGACAAGGUGCCUUGUGUUUUGACGUGCUUUCUACCGUUUUUGGUUCACGCACACAUUCAGAUGAAUUACUUUGUAAAUUUGUCACAGUUUUCUUCUUCGCUGAGGAUAAGUGGUAAUAAUUUACAGCAUGUCGGAGGAAAAUGUUUAUCCUUUUUAUUAACUUUUGGAUAAGGUGACCAGAUUUCUGAAAUGAUAUCCAUUUACAGCCCAGAGAUAAAAAAAAAAAAGAAUUAAAUGUUAUCAAGAUGAAAUGAAGAAACAGAGGCAAUUUCAUUUAUUCUGGCAUAUUUAAACAUACUUAAAUUGCUACGUUUGUAAUGUCAAUAGCAGCGCAAAUGGCUGCCGUAAUAGUUGUAGUCUGCGCUCACAUGCUCACUAGCACUUCCUAUCCGGCUACCAUCGUGAAAACUGUUGUUUUAGUCUACACGCAACAUUUUUUUUCUCCUCCUUGAUAAAACGCUAAAAUUGGGGACAUUUUUUGGGGACAGCUUUAGCUGGGGGACCCUACUUUUGGAGAAAUCAGGUCGUUAGCUUGCUAAAUUGUUAGCUUCAGCUGCUUCUAGACGGCAACAGGUCCCAGCAGGGUUCUCAUUGUUUUUCAUGACUUCCCAUGUCGUAACAACCAACUCCUGAGGUCCGUUUGAUGUCAGCAUUAGUAUUUACCAUAAAGACAUGGGGAACAAUGUUCUUAUCUAAAAAGAAUAAGCAUAUCCCUCAAAAUGUCAAACGUUUCCUUUAGGACAUCAUAUCUCUAAACUACAGGAACAAAGGAAAAUAAGUUUGAGCACUUCGCCUGUCUUGCUAGUGGGUCCUUUAACAAAAAUAUUACAGGUUAAGCUCUAUUCAGACAAAAAUAAAAAAGCAGAAUAUAUCUUUUUAUGCUUUUUAUGGCAUGGUGCCAAAAAAAGCUUUCGAUGCCUCAUACAAGGAUGUAGUUCAUACUUGAUGACAGUGAGCAUACAGUCGGUAAAACCAAUCAACAAGCACUCACCAGUUUUGAUUGGAUGGCACGUGUAUCAGACGGCACCAUGCUUAAGGUACAAAAUGAAAAGCGGCAGGUAGCGAGGGCUGCUGCGGGAAGACCAGCUCAGCUCUGCAGCCACAUCCGUCGCCGUUAUCAGAUUUAGCACGUUUCACAUCUGCAUCCAAAUUCCAAAAUUGCAAAUGGCUAUUGAGCCGUUUUCCGAAUCGAUAUGUAAUUUGUUGGCUCAGAGAAGUCUGUACACUCCAUAGCCUUUAGCUGUUUGGUACAUUGCUUUAUAUUGGGAGCAAUGUAAUGAACACCAUCUUUCAUUCUUACUGCGGUUAUAGAUUGUCAUAUGCAGAGUCGCUUCUCGUGCGUCGUUUCCAGGCAGUAUUAGUGUGUAUAAAGUUUUCUCUCGCUUUUUUUUUUUGUAUGACACUCUGUCUGAUGUUUACAUUUUUUGGAAGCGAUGUGGAAUGUUGCAUGUUAUGCUUACUUGAUAAUUGUAUUUUUUACUUAUCUUGUGUUGAAUUAAAACUGGAUUCCAACGCUCA